CGCACUCGGUGGCCGAGUCACCCUCCGGGCCCCGUAUGCACUUGCUCUCUUUUGCUUUUGCGUUUGCUUUUGCUUUUGCUUCGCCUCAUUUCCUGACUGUAUCCCUACACCUGUAUCAUGGGCCUUUUCUCGCGAUCAUCGGCGUCGUCGUCGAGCGCCACGCUCGACAAGGACAUUGGGCCGCCCACAAAAGACAUCUACCUGACCCCACGCAAGGGCAUCACCGUGACCAAGAAGUGGAACUAUGACGAGGAGCAGCUGCGCAAGAUCGAGGAGCUGAAGGAGUACACGGCCACGCUGCUGCUGCCGGAAUCCGACCCGUACCACGUAUGGGAGAAACGGUUCCUCGAGGACGUGGGGACGCACGCGCGCUUCAUGCGCGCGGCCAAGUGGAACGUCGAGCACGGCAAGAAGCGCAUCAAGGCGACGAUGGAAUGGCGCCGCGAGUUCCGCCCCGAGCUGAUCGAGCCGGAAGACGUCGCGAUCGAGGCUGAGACGGGCAAGAUCGUCAUCUCGGGCUUUGACAAGGAUGCGCGCCCCAUCGUGUACAUGCGCCCCCGGCACGAGAACACCGAGACGUCUCCGCGCCAGAUUAGGCAUCUUAUUUAUGUGCUCGAACGCGCGAUCGAUAUCUGCCCUGAGGGGCAGGAGCAGGUCUGCAUCGUUGUGGACUACAAGCAGGCGACGAGCAACAACACGCCGUCUGUCAGCACGGGUCUGCAGGCCCUCAACAUCCUGCAGCACCACUACGUUGAGCGCCUUGGCCGCGGCCUCGUCGUCAACAUGCCGUGGUGGAUCAACGCCUUCUUCUCCGCCAUCCAGCCCUUCAUGGACCCGAUCACGCGCGACAAGAUCCGCUUCAACCCCAAGCUGCUCGAGCUCAUCGACGCCGACCAGCUCGACCGCGAGUACGGUGGCGCCUACAACUACACGUUCGACAAGGACGUCUACUGGCCUGCGGUGACCAACUUCUGCUGCCUCGCGGCAGACGGCACGCGCGUCGACCGCGCGGGCCGCAAGUUCGUGCCGGCCAGCGGGAACGGGAUUGCUUGGGCGCUCGCGCAGCACGAGAAGGGCGAGAGUGAGAAGGUCGGGCAGACGGAGAAGGAGGCGAACGGGAAUGGGAACGGGUUCGCGCAUGACGCGCACAAGCCUGUCGACGUCGCUGUCUUGCCUCCCGCACCUGCGCCUGCUAACCAGCCUGAACUGCCCCUUCCCCCUUCCGCCGCCGCCGCCGCCGCGGCACCCGCGACAUCCGCCGACGCCGACACCGUUGCCAACGAUCUCGCAAAGACGACCCUCGCGUCUCCCGAGUCCAAGAUCUAGAUAGACCAUACACAUGCACAUGCCCAUGCACACUGU